AAUUCUCAUUUAAUGUCACUGCAGAUUGUGUAGUGAGGAACUGCUCCACACAGAGACUGUAAGUUGUCUGUUGUAAAAAGUAAAAAGAGCUUGCCACACUUUUCAGAUCAUGCUUCGCUAACAGCUGCCCUGCCCACUAGCCAUAGUAGGAUUAGACAGUAUGGUCCAGAUCCUGCCAAUAACCUCCAUAUUGUCAUUCCUUGCCGUUAGAAUUCCAGUGGCCAGUAAUUACCAAAAGCAGGAAGGAGGAUUACUUAAACUAAUUAACAGUCUUGUUGGCUUUUAACUGUUCCAGCACCACAUAUGCUAUUACAUGCUUUUAAUUACUCACAACACACGCCUGGGCCCCUCACAGUAAUGAUGCAGCGGAGGCCAGCAGCUGCUCCCAUGGCUUAUGCUCACUCUGUCCUAACAGGUGUCUCCAGCUCCAUCCAUCCAUCCAUUUUCUGAAACCGCUUGUCCUAUUCAGGGUCGUGGGGGUUUGGAGUCUGUCCUACAGGCGCAAGGCAGCCCAGUGUGGGGUGCCAACCCAUCGUGCCUCCGAUUGUGACUGAUUUUUCAGAAUAACUGUAUAGACAAUAUACAGAAGAGAAAGAAAUUAAUCAAAUUGUUAUUAGCACAUUUUGUAUAGCAUGUUUUCACAACAUAUAUAUUAUGGUAUAGUAUAUUGUAUCAUAUAGUACAGUAUAGUAUCUGCAGUAUGCCAUUAUGAGGGAAUUAUUACUUCUUAAACAAAGCUAUUAAGCAAUAAAAUGACACACACUGUACUGAUAUUUAAUGGUUGUCUGCUUGUCUGUUUUUACUGUAAAAGGUUCACAGAGCAGGGUUGGCAAACAUUAAUGAAAAACAUGUCAUUGUUCUGUUUGUGAUAUAACAGCAUAUGCUGGUCCAUUGAGGGGCACGCACACACAUUAUGAACAAUUUACUGACUAACUGCAUGUGUUUGGAGAGGAAACCAGAACAACACAAGUCCUCUGAUGACACGUACAGGUAUCCUGUCCAAGCUGUACCUGGCUUUGUGCCGAUAGGGAUCCUUGACCUCACGUACAGUCAGGUUUAGUAUAGAGUAGAAGAAAAUACAUACACAGAUAAAUAGUAUAUAAAAUUACAGAAAGCAUAGCUGGAGAUUGAAUGCUGACAGCUCUUUGUUGGUAAGCAGAGUCUCAGUGUUCUCCUGCUGCCAGUCGGUGUCAGAGCACUGGGAAUUCCAUAAGGGAAGUGUGCUAUUUUCUAAUUAAAUGUUAAUUUUUAGUUGAUUUGGGUGUGAUGGAAUUAAUUCCCAAUUUAAUACAGACACCUGCUGAUUUUCUAUUUAUCUAUUAUUAUCUCAAAUACUUCACCUGUCAUAUCUGAUGUGCCACUGGAAACUGCUUUUUCCAUGAAGCUCAAUACCUUUGCCAGACCAUUUACCUGCUUACUGGCGCUUAUGAAUGUAAUAUCAUAUGUCAAUAUCUUUACUAACAACCUAUCUGUUGUUACUUUCAGGUUUUCCACUGUUGCAGUAUUUUGUGCAUUCUUCUUUUGGAGUAUGGCUCAGUAAUAUUACACAGCCUGAGCUGCAAUCCGUUUAAGUGAAGUGAACUGAAUCCCUAUCUCACUGGCAUUCUCCCACUUUUCCCCAAAAAGAAUAACCUCUGAUUAGUCUUAACAAAAUGGCAGUUAAUGGACAGCUGGGCAAGCUGGCAAAUAUGAAUGGCAUAAAAUCGGAAUUACAAAAAAGUUAAGAUGGGAUUUUACAGACACUGGACAAAAGGGUCACAUAAGGGCUAGUCAGCAUGAUUGAGUGUGGCGCUGUGGAUGGCAACAUGACCAAGGAUGGGCAUACGCACAAUGGGUGCAUGUGAGCAGAAGAAUCCUGUCAGCCUGAAGUUAGUAAGAUGAAUCUAAUGCCCAUUCCCAAUAUUGUGCCUAAUUAUUGGCCAAAUUAUUGGCCAGGAGCAUUUGUAGUGUGACUGACUUAAGCCCAGAUGAACAGUCAAGAUUACAAGGAUGACAUGUAAGCCUGUGCUUACACAGCAUUUGGGACUAAUCUCCUCCCCCUCCUCUGCCAAAAAAAUCUCUUUUAUCAAUCCUGGAGAGAGAGAGAACAAGCUCAGACACAGAGGAUGGCAGUUAAUAAGAAGGAAGGAAAUCCAUGGUGAAAAUCAAACCAUCCAUUGGUUCACAUGUCAGUAGAGAUCCUGGGGAAACAGACAGAAGGCCAGCUGACUGUUCUGCAAGAGGAAGUGGAAAUCCGGACUCCCGCAUCCCUACGAAAAGGAAGAUCCACCAAGCUGUAGGACGCUCACAUUAACUUACUUCUUGAUCCAAAGUAUAUUGUGAGGAUCGACUUUCAACUGCUUGUUGGUAUAGAGUAACUGAAGAUCACGCCCUUGAGAUGUCCAGCAUGCCAUCACCAAGUGUAGGGAGCAGAGACACAGGUGACCAUAGCGGCAGGAGCUCAUCUCCAGAGGGUCCCCCUGGACCAGGCCUGCUAUGUAAGGUGUGUGGAGACACCAGUAGUGGAAGGCAUUAUGGCAUCCAUGCCUGCAACGGCUGCAGUGGCUUCUUCAAGCGCAGCGUGAGGCGAAGACUUGUGUACAGGUGUCAAGCCAGUACAGGAAUGUGCCCUGUGGACAAGGCUCAUCGGAACCAGUGUCAAGCCUGCCGACUCAAGAAGUGCCUGCAAGCCGGCAUGAAGAAAGAUGCUGUGCAGAAUGAGAGGCAGCCGCGGAGCACGGCCCAGGUACACCUGGAGGCCAUGGACCUGGACAUGGGCCAGGAGCACCUGGCUACCACGAGGGAGCAGAACUCCUCUGCUUGUCCUAAUUCCUCUGACCGGUCCAAUGGCAACAACCCAACAUCUCCCAUUGUGGCAUCUGCCCGGCCCCACGCCGACAGCUCUGCCAGCUCCCCGGGUAAUGUCCAGUACUGCCUCAACACCCAGAAUGGCCACCGCUUCAUGGUCAGCCUGAUGACUGCAGAGACGUGUGCCAAACUGGAGCCUGAGGAAGUGGAUGAGCCCAUCAAUGUCACCACUAACGAGCCGGAGAGGGCAUCGCCAGAACAGCACAUGGCCCUGUACCCCAGCAGCAGCCCUGAGGAUGCACACGAGACGUCCGCACGCCUGCUCUUCAUGUCAGUCAAGUGGGUCAAGAACUUGCCUGUUUUUGCCAGCCUGCCCUUCAGGGACCAGGUAAUCCUACUGGAGGAAGCUUGGAGUGAGCUGUUCUUGCUCUGUGCUGCCCAGUGGUCUCUGCCCCUGGAGAGCUGCCCCCUACUCUCACUGCCUGACCUUUCACCCCCACUGCUGGGCAGGGCCAGCUAUCCUGGCGCUGAAGUCUACUUGCUGGGGGACAUCUUCAAGCGUUUCAAGGUCCUCGCUGUUGACCCCACUGAGUUUGCUUGCCUUAAGGCUGUUACCCUCUUUAAGCCAGACACUGGGGGUCUGAAAGACCCAGAGCAAGUUGAAUACCUUCAGGAUCAGUCACUGGUGAUGCUGAGUCAGCACGUCCACUCACACUACCCCACCAAUCCAUCCAGGUACGGAAAACUGCUCCUGCUGCUUUCAUCUCUGCAUUUUGUCACAUCAGAGCGAGUGGAGCUGUUGUUCUUCCACCGGACCAUUAGGAGUACACCCAUGGAGAAGCUGCUAUCUGACAUGUUCAAGCAUUAGACGCCUGUGUGUCUGGACCUGCAGGCAGGGCUUCCAUGGGGGGUGGAGAUGACUCCGACACCCCCGACUGGCAGCAGAGUCUGACUUGGGGGCCCAGUAUGACAUGUUUUCAUGGGGCCCAAAAUCUUUAACUGCGCCCUUACCAGCAGGGUCUGUUCCUGUUCAACAGCAGCCUGCACCCACUCAAAGCUCCUGUGUAAUGAUUGUUAUGCUUAAGCUCAGUGAUAGCAAACAAAAAAAUGUGCAAAACACAGUGACAAAGCCAGAGACAAACAAAUGAAGAGAAACAUUAAAGAUAAGUAUAGCCCUUUCAAUGAUAAAUGAUACUUUAAUUAGUCCUGAAAUCAGAUUCAAAGUAUCUGCUCCAUAGCAAAUAAUUACAUUUCAAUGUAUACUUUUAAUUUAAGACAUAUUUAUAUUUUUUGUUUACUACAGUUCUGACAUAUUGACAUUUUUGGUAAAACAAUGAAAAUUACUAACCAACAAAAUAUGAAUAUAUUUGGUUAAUGAAUGGGGCUGGAGGAAUGACGAUGCAAUAAAAAAAACUGGUUCAAACAAACAGUGAUAGUUUGUUGUUGCAAGGUACAUUAAAAUAAAUUAUAAUUACGAUUAAUAAAUGACAGGGAUUGACACAGUGUUUCAGUGGGUAGCAUUGCUGCUCGGUUGGAUUUCAUUUGCAAUAUAUUAUGUAUAUCUUAACUUUAGAUGCAUAAUUAUUGUUUAAUUUAAUUUCACCUGUGUAAUAUGAUCAAGGUGAUCGAGUACAACG